CCUCAGCUACCAGGGCACAGACUGAGUCCUCACACCUCUCCACUGACAUGUACUGACGAGAGAUAUCGCUGCAGCUGGUGGACCUCCGGCUCUCGGCCGAGCCGUGGUUGGUUCCGGGACCGAGAGAGGGACUCGUGACCCUCGAGUCCUCGUCGCGGAGUUUGUCCUAAACAUAGAAUAUGAAUAAGUGUCCCGCCAGCCGCUUUACGAGCCUUGUACCCUCGAGCGUGUUGGGGGGAGACCAGAUAAUUGAAUACCCGGCGUUUUUCUCCGCGGAGAUCGUUCUGAGUUCUGACAUCAUCCGGGGUGUCGCGCGCCGAGCAGAGCAGCUACCGCUGUCGAUGUGCACGCGCGGCGCUCAUCAGGCCCGAACGGUCGCAGAAUCAUAGAGAGGGAGUUCCUGAUCUCCGCCUCCCCCCCCCGGAGCACGGUCACCCUCGCUCGAGCUCCUCGUUCGCCCUCGACGAGCAAGGCGAGGAUACCGUCAACCGGGGUGACCGUCAGACGAGAGGCCGGGCAUCGUGACCCGUGGCCCCGCGUCCUCUCCGGAGCGCAGGUGGUCAGCGCCGGUGAAGCGCUGCGCGUCGCCGACGGGCUUUAAGACAGUUUUCUGCACUUCUGUCCUGAGAGCUUACUUCCCUCAAUAAAGUUACCGGUGUGAGCCGACUCGCACCUCAAACCCGCCCCCUCUCUCCCCUCCCCUCUCUCCUCUCCCCACACAAGAAUAAGCGGCGUCGCUUUUCUUUCCUCCUCCACCCGAGGCGAUCGAAUCGUUGCGCACGUCUUAACAGUGGUUACCUGUGAGUUACCUGUGGGUUACCUGUGAGUUACCUUUGGUCCACAUUUUCAUAUUCACAAGGAGGCGGUCACGGGUCAACAGUGACGACACACCUUGAUCAAAUGAAGCAAGGCCACCUGCUGGCUUGUUCCACGCCCUGCGCAUGCGCGGAGGAGCAUUGGAAGGAAGCCACCUGGGGACACUUCCUCUGGGUGAGCGCGCGAGUCCUCGUGUCCUCUGUCCUCGCCCGUGAUGCCGUAGAGGCUCUUCUCUUGAGGAGCGCGUGCCCGCAGUGUGAGGAAAAUGGGACGUCUUUCAAAGAAGAAUGUUCUGGCAGUGGUGCUCCUCAUUGGAGUGAUGUACAUUCUUAACUUCCUAUUUGCUGGCCGGAUGAUGUCACGUGACCUGGUCCCUCAGGAGUUGACCUUCGGGGCUCAGAGGUCGGUGAGCGAGGCCUCGUGGGUGGAGCGGGGCGGCUACCUGCCCCUCAACGUGACCUACCGGCUCCUGGCCGGGGCCCCGAGGGCCCCGCAGAGGUUCCUGUCCAUCGGCAUGUCCUCCGUGAGGAGGCGCAGGGGCAGCUACCUCCUCCCCACGCUGAGCUCCCUGUUCCUGCAGUCCUCCUCCGAGGAGCGCUCCUCCAUGGUGGUGGUGGUGCUGCUGGCCGACUUCGACGUCAGCUGGAGGAUCCGCACGGCGAGGGACAUCCAGACGGCGUUCGCUGUGGAGCUGGACCAGGGCCAGCUGGUGGUCCUCCAUGUUCCUCAGGACCAGUACCCCUCUGUCACAGGUCUAAAGAGGAACUACAACGAUGCUCCAGAAAGGGUCUCGUUCCGCUCCAAGCAGAACCUGGAUUACUCUUUCCUGAUCCACUACAGUGCCGGUCUUGGCAGAUACUACCUCCAGCUGGAGGAUGAUGUCUCCGCCGCAAAAAAUUUCCUGUCCGUCAUCAGGAGGCGCGUUGCCGAGCAAGAGGAGAAGAAGACCACCUGGGCCAUGCUGGAAUUCUCAGUCCUCGGCUACAUUGGCAAACUCUACAAAUCCGCCCAUCUUCCUCUCCUGGCCCGCUUCCUCUUCCUCUUCUACCAGGAAAUGCCGUGCGACUGGUUAAUGGCUCGCUUCCGAGAGUUGCUGACACAAAAGGAACCGAUCGUAUUCAAACCCUCCCUGUUCCAACAUAUGGGGACGUACUCCUCGUUCCAAGGGACACACAACAGGCUGAAGGACAAGGACUUCGACGAGGAGUCCUCCACCAACCCUCCAGCCCAGGUUUACUCCGACAUGUCCACCUACCAGAACCAAUACCCCAAACUGGCCUGGGACCGUGACGGGUUCUUCUGGGGACGCUCCCCAGGAAACGGAAGUUAUCUCACUGCAGUUCUCACGGACCCUGCGGUCGUGACGGGGAUCUUUGUAGAAACCGGAUCCGAGGGCAAAGACCUCCUUCGGUCCGCUCGGGUGGAGAUCGGCCGUGACGUGAUUACCACCGACAGAGGGGAGAAGAGUUGUGAGGAGUUUGAGUCCGUCGGGAUGUUAGAGAACGGGAGGUUUGAGGAGCUGGGGCUGGACAGAAGGUACCCGGCUGCCUCUUCCUGUCUCAGGGUGAUGGUCACCGCGGGCCAGAAGGACUGGGUGAUCAUCAAGAGGAUCCGGAUCACCACAAAGUAGAGGACGGCAAACCCCGAGGGAUGUGUUCAUCUGUCAUGUGACCUGUAUGCCUUGUUCAACACGAUGUACCAACAGUGCCCAAUGAAACCGUGUCAAUAACAACGCGUUUGAUUCCUCUUUGCUAAACGGACUGUUCUUGUUU